GCAAAACUAAAAGCACAAACACUGCUUUGCACUCAGUUUGCCAUUUUGUAACACACACUUUGCAAAACUGUAGACACAACUCACUGCUUACACUCAAUUACCAAAUUUCCAACACACUCCUAGCAAAAUUAUACACAUGUAUGGCUAUCAUUAACACUAUUUUGCCAACUGUCUGGCACACUUUCACAUGUGAAAACUGUCUUAGAUAAUGAGUCCACUUUGCAAUCAGCCUAAGCACUAUAAACAGGCCACAGGUAAGCUGUCUAUGUGGAGUACAAUGGAAGAAGCAGCAAGAGUGAGAAGAGUGAGAAUCAGAGGAGGCCGAGGGAGAGGACGUGGAGGUGAAGAAGUUGGAGGAAGAGGACGUGGAGGAGCAAGAAGAGGACGAGGAGGGGAAAGAGGAAGGGUAAGAAGAGUAAGAAGAGUAAGAAACAGAAUAACUGAUGACAUCAGAGCUACAAUAGUGGACCAUGUCACCAACCAUGGGAUGACCCUGAGGGAAGCUGGCCAAUGGGUUCAGCCUAAACUGAGCCACUACACUGUGGCAGGCAUCAUUAGGACAUUUCGAAAUGAGAAUCGAAUUGCUAGACGUCCAGCUGUUGGGGGCAGAGGCAGAAUGUUCACUCCAGAGCAAGAGACCCAUAUAGUGAACAUGGUGAUUGCCAAUAAUGCAAUAAGACUGCGCGAAAUACAGCAGCGCAUAAUUGAUAAUGACACCAUCUUUGAAAAUAUACACAGUGCAAGCAUUUCUGCACUAAGUCGUGUACUUGCGUGCCACAGAAUAAGAAUGAAGCAAAUUUACAGAGUUCCUUUCGAGAGAAACAGAACGUGUAAAGCAACUGUGAUAUGACUAUGUGCAGGUAAGCUAGUGUCAUUGGUUCUGAAUUUGGAAGUGCAUACUGUAGUGCUGUGCAUGGGCCUGAUGUGUUGCAUUUGUUUUGUCUUGUCCAGAGAGUGAUGGAACUAGAAGCAGAUACAAUGGGACAUGAGCUACUUUUUGUGGAUGAGGCCAGUUUUAACCUCAGUAAAACCAGGAGACGUGGCAGGAACAUUAUUGGACACCGUGCCAUCAUCAGUGUCCCAGGACAACGUGGUGGUUACAUAACCAUGUGUGCAGCUAUAAGCCAAAAUGGUGUUGUUCACCAUCAUGCAAC